AUGGCUCUCCCCUGCUGCACAUUUGCACGUGUUUCUGAGUCUGAUAAGGCUAGAAGCGAAGCGAAUAAGCAGAUUGAUAAACUCAUAGAAAAAGAAAAACGCAACUUUCGGUCCACUCAUCGACUUCUUCUGCUGGGGGCUGGGGAAAGUGGAAAAUCAACUAUUGUGAAGCAAAUGCGGAUUCUACAUAUUGAUGGCUUUUCCGAUGCAGAGAAAAAAGAAAAGAUAGUUGAUAUUCGAAAAAACCUCCGGGAUGCCAUUUGUUCCAUCGUUGGUGCUAUGCCCAAUCUCAAACCUCCAAUUGAUUUAAAAAAUUCCGAAAAUGCUCCUAUUCGGAAUUAUAUGCUUGAGGAGGCUUCUAAGAAUGAUUUUGACUUCCCUGCGAUUUUCUUCUCGCACUGUCGUCAACUCUGGAGCGAUGCUGGCGUUCAGGAAGCAUUUGAGAGGUCAAACGAAUACCAGCUUAUUGACUGUGCGAAAUACUUUCUCGAUCGUUCCAUGGAACUUGGCAAGCCGGAUUAUAUUCCUACAGAACAAGACAUUCUGCGAUGCCGCGUUCUCACUUCGGGUAUUUUCGAGACCAAGUUUACAGUGGAUAAGGUCCAGUUUCACAUGUUCGAUGUGGGGGGACAGCGGGAGGAGAGGCGAAAAUGGAUCCAAUGUUUUAAUGAUGUGACUGCAAUAAUCUUCGUUGCUGCUUGUUCUUCUUACAACAUGGUGUUGCGUGAGGACCCCAACAAAAAUCGAGUUAGGGAGUCGCUUGAACUUCUUGGCUCAAUAUGGAACAAUCGGUGGCUGAAAAACAUAUCGGUGAUCCUCUUCUUGAACAAGCAGGAUCUCCUAGCAGAGAAGGUAAAGUCUGGCAAAUCCAAGAUCGAGGCCUACUUCCCCGGCUAUGCAAAUUAUCAAGCACAGGCUGAUGUUCUCGCGGAAUACAGUGACGAAGAUCCCGAAAUCGUCCGUGCCAAAUUCUUCUUCCGAGAUGAAUUUUUGAAGGUGACAGCAGAUAGCAAUAACGGUCGGCAUUACUGCUAUCCUCACCUGACUUGUGCGGUUGACACGGAGAACAUCCGACGAGUGUUCAACGACUGUCGGGACAUCAUCCAAAGAAUGCAUCUCCGCCAGUAUGAGCUGCUGUAG